AUGCUCGCCCUCUCCAGACCUGAUGUGGAGAUCCUGGGCAUCAGCUGUUGUCACGGCAACACGCCACUGGAAAACGUCCUGGAGAACACUCUUAGGGUCCUGAGGGUCUGCGGACGCCUGGACAUCCCUGUAUACAAAGGCUGUGGUGUUCCUCUGUUGGCCCGUAAACAACAUGCCAGUGACUAUCAUGGUAAAGAUGGUCUGGGGGACGUCCCUGAACCGGACCCUCCCAGUCUGGACCUGCUGCAGAAGAAGCGAGGUGUGCAGGCCAUGAUCAAAGCAGUGAGAGACCACCCCCAAGAGGUGACGAUGGUGGCCACUGCUCCUCUCACUAACCUGGCUGUUGCUGUGCAGCUCAACCCGUCGUUUGGAGAGAAACUCAAGUCUCUGUUUCUGAUGGGAGGAAACGUGGACUCUCGUGGCAACACAACAGUGUGUGGUGAGUUCAACUUUGUAGCAGACACAGAGGCGGCCUACAUUGUGUUGGACAGAUUCACAUGUCCCACUUACAUCGCCUCCUGGGAGUUCAGCUGUGCCUCCAGCCUGCCCUGGUCCUUCUGUGAUGAGUGGUUGGCCCAGUGCACAGAGAAGGCAGAGUUUAUGAAGAAGAUCACAGCGGUCUCCAGAAACAGGGCACAGUCUGCAGAUUAUCUGAAGGAGAGCACCGCGGGACACGGCUUCAACUCCUGCGACUGCUACGCCAUGGCUGCUGCUCUGGACCCCACACUGAUGCUGCAGAACAUCGAGGUGUCUGUCUCCGUGGAGCUAGAGGGCGCUCACACCAGAGGGAUGAUGGUGGUGGAUUACAUGCAGCUGUUGAAGAAGAAACACAAAGUCUUCCUUAUGAAAAAGUUUGAUCUGGAGAAGUUCAAAGUGAUGCUCAUGGAGUCUCUCAAGUAA